AACACCCCCUCCCCUCCUCUCUCCUCCCCUCCCCCCCCCCGCCCCUUCACGUGGUGCGGAGCAAGGGCGGGGAUCCCGCGGUGCGUCACUUCCGUUCCUCUAGCGGUGCAGCGGAGCCCAGCGCGGAGCAGGACAAUGCCUAAGUCAAAGGAACUUGUGUCUUCAAGCUCAUCUGCCAGUGAUUCAGAUAGUGAAGUUGACAAAAAGGCGAAGCGGAAAAAGCAAGCAGCUCCAGAAAAGCCUGUAAAGAAACAAAAGACGGGUGAGAGUUCAAAAGGUGCCGCUUCUUCUAAGCAAAGCAGUAACAGAGAUGAGAAUAUGUUUCAGAUUGGCAAAAUGAGGUAUGUCAGUGUUCGUGACUUUAAAGGGAAAGUCUUAAUUGAUAUUAGAGAAUAUUGGAUGGAUCAAGAAGGUGAAAUGAAGCCAGGCAGAAAAGGUAUUUCUUUAAAUCCAGAACAGUGGAACCAGCUGAAGGAACAGAUUUCUGAUAUUGAUGAUGCAGUAAGAAAACUGUAAAGACAGCCAUACAGAAAUCUUUAUCAUUUUUGUUGGUUUAAGCAGUCUUUUUACAUUGGCUUUUGUUUUCUAAAAUAUUGUUUUCGAAGCUAUUGUAUAUUUGGAUUGCAAAACAAUUUGUAAGAUGAAUACUUUUUUUAUGUGCAUUAAAAGUGUAUUCUGAGUGAGGCUAUUUGUGUAUACUUUACUAAAAAGAAAUGUGUUGCUUUCAACUCAUGGUGUAAAAUAAACAAAUCAAGUAAUAUG